AUGGCGCAGCACAAUCACUUUCUCAUUGCAAUCAAAUCCAUGAUCACUGCUUUGUUCUUCACAUUGCAUUGUAUUGGGUUUAGUGGUGCAGUCGGGAGGUUCUCUGCUGUAGGCCGGAAAGGGCAAUGGCAGCUGCUGCUAAACAACACAGGCGUAGUGGCUAUGCAUAUGGCAUUGACACAUGACAACACUGUCGUUAUAUUUGAUCAAACAGAAGCUGGCCCCUCUGUGUACAGGCUUCGAAGGCGCCACAAUGGAAACAGAUGCACAGAGAGCCAUGACGAUUUAGCAGACUCAUCCUGCUAUGCUCACUCCGUGGAGUAUGACAUUUCAAGCAACAAAGUUAGACCUCUGAGGCUUUACACUGAUACCUGGUGCUCCUCAGGCUCUUUCUUGAGCAACGGGACACUUCUACAAACGGGUGGAUAUGGAAGUGGCACUCGAAGAAUUCGAUACUUCAAGCCUUGUGGGGAUGGCCAGUGUGAUUGGAGGCAAUCGGAGAGAUCACUGGCUGAUGAUCGUUGGUACGCUUCCAAUCAAUUGCUCCCAGAACAUGAUAGGAUCAUUGUGGUUGGUGGAAGAAGGACCUUUACUUAUGAAUUUGUACCAAAAAUGUCUUCCAAUGAAGGCUCUCAUGACCUAUCAUUCUUGCACCAAACUUAUGACAGAAGUGAAGGAGGGAACAACCUCUAUCCCUUCCUUCACCUCUCUUCGGAUGGAAAUUUGUUCAUCUUUGCCAACCGGGACUCCAUUCUCUUCAAUUACAGAAGUAACAUAGUGAUCAAGACCUUCCCUCGAAUACCCGGUGAUGGCUCUAGGAACUAUCCAGGCUCUGGCUCAUCAGUGAUCCUCCCAUUAGACCACACAAACAAUUUCGAAAGAAUGGAAGUCAUGGUGUGUGGUGGUGCUGCCUCUGGAGCCCACAGAGCAGCAGGACAAAACAGAUUCUUGAAAGGCCUAAGCUCCUGUGGAAGAAUGGUGAUCACAGGCAACAGACACAAGUGGAACAUGGAGAACAUGCCGGGCUCUCGUCUUCUCAGCGACAUGCUGAUCCUCCCAACUGGGAAUGUUUUGAUCAUCAAUGGUGCCAAAAGAGGCUCUGGAGGAUGGAACAAUGCAAGAAAUGCUUCCCUCCAGCCUUAUCUCUACAACCCAAAUCACAAAUUAGGCAAAAGAUUCUCUGUCCUCAAGUCCACAAAAAUUGCUAGAAUGUAUCACUCCUCAGCCAUUCUUUUACCUGAUGGGAGGGUCUUGGUUGGUGGGGGCAACCCUCAUGAAUGCUACACUUUCAGCAAUGUGGCCUACCCAACUGAGCUUAGGCUCCAAGCAUUUGCCCCACACUACAUGGGAAGGCAAUACCAUACAUAUAGACCAAUAAAUUUGACCAUAAACUAUGGCCAUGGUGAUCUCUCUGGUGUAAGGUAUGGGGUAGAUUUUAAUGUGAGCUUUUGGUUGGGGAGGAAGCCAAGCAAAGUGGUGGAGUUUAAUGCUUAUGCACCACCAUUCACAACACACUCCAUAUCCAUGAACCAGAGGUUGCUGAAAUUGAGGUGCAAGAAAGUGGUGAGAGCUGAAGGUGGAUUGGUGCAUGCAGUUUUGGAGGCUCCCCCAUCUCCUAAUGUUGCUCCCUCUGGUUAUUAUAUGCUCACUGUUGUGAAUGGUGGAAUUCCUAGCAUAUCUCAGUGGGUUAGGUUCCUACAUCAGUGA